UUACCACUACCUAUCAGGGAACAUUAAAUUGAGCCCCCCCGCCGGUUUAUAUUACCUGUACCAUUUUGUGCCCAGUAGCGCGGGGGAAAGCGCCGACCGAUAACGAUGGCAGAAGUUGUUUUGAGAGCUUCUAAACCACCGAUGCAAAUUGCAGCUCCUGAGAUCAGUGUGUUUAGCUGCGCUGGUAUCAUUGUGGGAAAUUACUUCUCAGGGAAAUUUCGCCGAACAGUUGCAGUGCAUAAAACAGAGCUCAGCUUUAGUCGAUCAGAUAUUUUACUCUUGCAAAUGAAUUAAUCCACAACCUUACAACAUGAAACGCACAGCUCUCUUCUGACCGAAGCAGAGUAAAAAAAGUGGAUGCGUAAAAUUCUUCAGAGUCAAUCUAGCAAAGACAGUAAGUAUUUGUAUUACAUAUUAAUUUAUGUUUUGACUUGUGUUCGGUUCACCAUGCAUUGUAGUUCAAAGACAGAACAGUCUCAUAAGAUUUUGCUGCUUCUAUACAUAAUAUGGUUUGUUCAAUAACACAAAGAAACUUUAGAGUGGUAUGCUAUGCUGUUUCUUUGUGUAUAGCAAAUGGAAUUGUUGAUAUAUUAAUGGUAUGUUAUUAAACCUACUUUCUUUAGUUCUAGUUUUGUAUCAACGCACCAAACUUUAGGCUGUAGAAACUAAUUAACUUUUAUUAAUUAUCAUUAACUUUCAUUAGUUUCGAACAGUCUGAUAAGAUUUUCUCUUCAUUAUUCGAUGCCUAAUUUGUUCACUUUUAUUUUAUAUACAUAGAUGAUUUUUUCAUCCUUUCGUAACACUUCUUGAUAUGUCAUCUCUGACGUUCAAAGUCAUUAACCUGCAUAGUUUUCUUUACUAAUUCAACUCUAGCUCAUCGUCCAGCAAUUAAAUUAUUUAUGGACUCUAUUUGAUGAUAUGAUACUAUAUAGAAACUUCAAAUUAUAAAGUUGGAACCCAGCCGCACAAAAUUUAUUAGUUUUUACCAAAUACUAUUAACCUUUAUGAACACUUAAACUCUCUUAAUUUUCCCAUACAGAAUACUGAGAUAUUAAAAGUUAGUCAAUCUCUUGUGGAGACAAAUGUGCAGGAAGACAAAAGCUAACAAUUUCUGGAUUGUACCAAUAAUUUAUAUAUAGAAAUAAGAAUGAAUCAAAUAAAAAAAUAUAGAAUAUGUACUAAAUUAUUCAAAAUAUGAAUAAAUUAUACCUAUUAGUUUGAUUAAGUAAAAUAAUGUUGGUCCUUUUUUUUCCUUGUCUUUCAAAUUUCUAAAUUCUAUCUUUUGACGUUUAAAAUUCAACAAAUAUCAGACUCAAACAAUUUUAAAAUUGACUAUCAAAUUUUUGAUAGUUAAAUAGAUAAUUCUAACGUUUUUAUCGUUUCUUGUCAGCCAAUCUAUCUUCAGACCUUCUAGUUUCCUUUAAUUAAUUACUUAAACAUCAGCAUACUAUUAUAAUGAUAGUCAACACUAAUGAUAGAAUUAAGAAGCCACCUCCUUUCAGGAAAAAAAAGAAAGAAUAAAUAGUUAAAUGGUCUGCGGUAGUUGUCAUUCUUACGCAGUCCAUUUUCUGAAUUAAACAUUGUGAGUAGUACUUGAAUCUGUAAAUUUCGAAGAAACAGCAGAGGGUGCAAUAAUGGCAAGACAAUUCAUGAAAAAGUCAUCUAAAAGGAGAUAAACUGCAAUCAUAAGAAAUCUGUUAAAACAUUAUUUUUAUUCUGAACUUACAUUCUAAAAUAAAACUCAAGUUUUGAAAGUAGCAACUCUUAACAGUUAUUCAAAAAAAAUAACACUAUAAUAAUCAUAUUGAUGGAAACUUGGAAACUCUAGCAGCUUAUUUUAUUCCAUUACUUCAACAUAAACAUACUAUAAUACUGAUAGUCAAUUUUAAGAUUUUAGCUCUUUUAGUGGAUGAAUAAUUAUCAUUACCUAAUUUAUUCCUGAAAUGAACAUUGACUUUGUAUAAAUUGACAAGCUAGUAUGGAAAUUUGUCGAGUUUUAUGUUUCAGUAUUUCCUUUCUAUUUACAGAAAACUUAUGAAACUUUAUUUUUAUGACCUAUUCUUGUAAAUUUGACGUUUUACCAUUUCUCUCUUAAUUAUUUUUUAAAUGGUUUCUGUUUUUGUGCAAUAUAGCUGCUAAGUAAUAAGCACAUUGGCUUGUCAACACAUGAAAAAUUAUCUGAGAGGAUAUUUAUUGCAAUAUAAGUUUUUCUCACUCUUUUAAUCUCUCUUUAUCGUCUAAAAUGAGAGACACAUGUUUGAAAUUUCCUGUCAAGCUUUACUUUUUAUGUAGCACCCUCUUUCUCUGCCUGUCUCUUGCUAUAGACAGCGACACACUUAAACCAGGAGACAUUUUGUACAACAAUGAAACAUUAGUCUCUAAAAGUGGAAUCUUUGAACUAGGCUUCUUCACUUCAACUGAGACCAUGAGCAAUCAUUAUUUAGGAAUUUGGUUCAAAAAUGACAAAAGAAAGAAGCCAGUUUGGGUGUCCAAUCGAGACAGCCCUUUGACAACUUUUUCCGAAUUUCUUACAAUCAGAAAGUCAGAUGGAAACUUGGUGAUGUCAGAUACAACAAGGCAGCAACCUGCUCCUAUAGUUAACCUUGCUUCUUUAGCAACAAGCAGCAAUACUACCGCAACGCUUCUUGAUUCAGGAAAUCUAAUUCUGAAGCUGAACGGAGAAAUUAUCAUAUGGCAGAGUUUUGAUUAUCCGACAGAUACGUUCCUCGCUGGAAUGAAAUUAGGUUUUUUCAACAUGGAUACUGAUGAUGUCCGACAAGCAUACCUUUUAUCCUGGUACAGCCCAUCUCUUCCAAGCAGCGGUUCAUUUGCAAUUUCCAUAAAUUCUGAUAAUAAAUCGCAGUUCAGUGUAUUUUACAGUAGUAAAUCAGCCAGAGAAGUUGGACACUGGGAUGGCAGUAGAUUCAUAUUCAAUAUGGAAAAAUCUUUAGAUAAAUACAAUUUCAGCUAUGAAUCAAACGACAAGGAAGUUUACAUUACUUUUGAUAACAAGGGAAACUCAACAGCUUCAUGGUUUGAAAUAGCUUCAACUGGUGAAAUCAAUGAAUACACCAUGACAGAACAAGGGGUUGAAGAGAUUAAUCAUUCAUUAUGUCAUGGUGUCUCAGCUUUCAACCUUAAUGAUUGCCUGAAUUUGCCGUCGAAUUGCAAAGAUGGAGAUAACUUCUCAGAAAAUAAAGGUUCAAUGCCUAUUUUAACCAUGUAUACUUGGUCUGGCCUUAUGAGCCUCAGUAAUUGUGAGAUAAUAUGCAGCGGUAAUUGUUCAUGUGUUGCAUUUGCUUCAUUAGAAGACCAAGGAAAAAAUUGCGUACACUAUUAUGGAGACAGAAAGAAUAUUCUGAACAUCAUAGGAAAAGGAAAUGACACGAUCUAUGUUCGAGGCCAAACUUCAUCAGGUAAACAACGUAGCAAGCUAUGGCGGGCAAUAGCAAUCCCAUUAACCACUUUGAUAAUAGUGGUUAUGAUUGCCUUCUAUUUCAGACGACGAACAAAAGUAAACCGUACAGAAACUGAUAGAAAUCCUGACACCGUUAGAGACGCAGCAGGUUUAUUAGCACUUCCGUUAAGCUUUGACAAGCCAAGUACUGAUGAUGCUCGAACAGAUCAUGAACUGCCAUUUCUAAACUUUUCUUGUAUAGUAGAAGCCACAAAGAACUUCUCUGCAGCAAAUAAGAUUGGAGAAGGUGGUUUUGGACCUGUUUACUUGGGGAUGUUAUCAGGACAGGAAAUUGCAGUCAAAAGACUAUCUACAAGCUCAGGACAAGGAUUAGAGGAAUUCAAAACUGAGGUACAAUUGAUUUCUAAGCUUCAGCACAUAAAUCUUGUCAAGCUUUUAGGUUAUUGCAUUGAACAAGAAGAGAAGAUACUAAUCUAUGAGUACAUGCCCAACAAAAGCUUGGAUUCCUUCAUUUUCGAUCCUUUAAAGCAAAGACUUAUAGAUUGGAGACGGCGCAAAAACAUCAUUGAAGGGAUAGCUCAAGGACUCCUUUAUCUUCACAAGUAUUCAAGACUAAAGAUAAUACACAGAGACCUCAAAACUGGCAACAUAUUGUUGGACAGUCAUAUGAAUCCCAAAAUUUCAGAUUUUGGGAUGGCAAGAAUUUUCUCUGAUAAUGAAUCAAGAUCACAAACAAAGAGGGUUGUUGGAACAUAUGGAUAUAUGUCUCCGGAAUAUGGAGUCCAUGGCGUAUUCUCUACAAAAUCAGAUGUAUACAGUUUCGGAGUUAUUGUGCUGGAGAUCAUCAGUGGCAGAAGAAACAAUUCCUUUUUUGAAUCUGAUGAUGAUGAAUCAACUUUGCUAAAACACGCUUGGGAGCUGUGGAAUGGGGGAAGAUCGAGCGAGUUGAUAGAUCGGGAAUUGGGCGAUUCAUUUACGGUGGAUGAGGUUAUGCAGUGUGUUCAAGUGGGUCUUUUAUGCAUACAAGAUAAUGCAGAGGACAGACCAACAAUGGCAGAUGUUGUAGCAAUACUGAACAGCGAAGGGGCUGUAUUGCCUACUCCUAAACAACCUUUUUUUGCUACUCAUUUGAAACCAGGAUUUGCUGAUCAUCCCUCAAGAAAGCAUUCACCUUCUAUCAACCUUGUUACAUUUUCAAAUGUUGAACCAAGAUAAAGUAGAAUAUUGUAAGGUACAUAAUAUUUGAUUCAAUUAAAUGUUGAACCUGGAUAAAGUAGAAAACUGUAAGGUAUUGUUUGGUUCAGGCAAAUGUUGAACCCGGAUAAAGUAGAAUACUCUCAUUGUUUGGUUGAAUUCUACUUGAGAUUCAUUCAAAGGUAUAGAAUUCAUUUAAAAUGAAUUAAAACUGUAUUUGGAGUAAUUCUACCUUAAUAAAUUUAAUAUUUUAUUUUGAUCA